UACACAACCCUGCAUGACAUCAGGCAGUAACACAUUAACGCAUAGCCUGAGGCACCCUAGAGCAGAACUCUACACAACAACAACCCAUGAUACAUCCCACAACGGGCAACCGAGUAACGUGUAGCUGGGAGCCAUUGGAGUGCAGUGCAUCUUGUAAGAUUUAGAGUCAUGGAUAUUCACAAGAAAGAGAUGGAAUUCCUAAGUAACAGCAUUGCAGCAUACGCUCACAUCAGAGAUAACCCUGAGUCCUUUGGUCUUUACUUUGUCCUCGGAGUUUGUUUUGGACUGAUAUUAACCCUAUGUUUGCUGGUCAUUCGUAUUUCCUGCAAGCCACGGACGCCUGUGCCACCCAAACCAAAGAAAACGCCUCCCAAGGAUUGUGUCAAGCAGCCUCUGUCACUAACUGGGGACGAGGAAGACCCAGAGAGCGAUGACAAUGAGGAAACAUUUAUCCUUAAUCCUGUGACAGAAACUCCAGUGGGAAGUCAGGCUCCCGGGGAUGGCACAUUAACCAUUAAUGUGUUCACAUCUGCAGAGGAGCUGGAGAGAGCUCAGAGACUGGAGGAGAGAGAGCGGAUAAUACGAGAAAUAUGGCGCAAUGGACAGCCUGAUAUCCUUGGAACAGGUGCUGGCACCAUAGGCCGUGUACACUACUAUUAAUAGGAUAGUUGGAACCUUAACUAGAUCUCUAGUUGGUGCUAAUACCCCAAAACACAAGUCAAACAUUUCCAGGUUUGGUGCCAGGAUUGUUCUGAUCACAAGAGACCACACUGUUGACCUCGUGCAUGACUAGUAACUGUACUGUAAGAAGCAUGGAUAUCUGAUAUAUUGGUGCCAAUACAUGGAUAUAAAGCUCCAUACCAGAAGAGUGCAAUGUCUUCCUUGAACAAUCUGACAGUGCCUGGUGCUUAAAGAGACAUUUAUGCGGCACUGUUGGUCAUUUUGGAUUACUGAUUGUUAUUCCUAGGGAAAGUUUAUUUUCAGGCAUGGGAAUUGGCAGCAUUGGCAUCCUGAGCAAGUCCUGUCAUCCUGCCUAGGACAGUUGCACAGAUAUCACUGGAGAAUGCAGAUGGCUCUUUUUUUCCUAGCUGAAAGCUAUGUGCAGACAUCAAACUAGAUGGACCAGGAAAUCUUUGCUGUGAUGGGCACCACUGGUUUUCAUUUUAUCCAUUAGCAAGUAGCACUGGUACUAGAGGAGGAUUUUCUAGUGGUUUUGUUUCAUUGUUGAGUUUCCAACCGCUUGCUACAGUAAUACAAACUUCAUGAUGGGAGUGCCAAAUUACUAAAGAUUCCUGGGUAUAAUACACACUUUAAUGAAAAUAGCAUAACAAUUUCUGGUGGUUAGUACCAUUUAAAUCAUUACUGCAGAAAAUGCUUUAAGUGGUUAAAUAAAAUGAGUCACCAUACGCACAACAUAUACAUACAUGUGUCUGCAAUAAAUGUGUGCAUUAUAUGUAUGCACAUAAAACCUGAACUGAAGCAAAAUCACUCUGGAUUUAUGUUGUGGUCAACCUUGGAAUGUGUUGUAACUUGCAUGGCUGACAGCCAGGCAGCAGUACAUUGGGAUUAACUGCAAACAUACUGGAUCUUGCUGGACAGAUUAGGAAUGCACUCGUUUCACUGAACUUGCAUAUUUUCUACUUUACAGUCUCCAGGGCUUUAUAUUUAAAGCCAUUUUAGGCUAGUUGUGCAAUGUAUUGUAACUAUGCUGACACACAAGGGGUUAUUAAUAUGAACACUGCCUUAAGACUUCUCUGAUCCCAUUUUUUCAAAACAUCUGUUUUUCCUCUUGUUCCCUCUGCAGUGUGGGAACACUGGUGCUUUAAAUUUCAUUCCUGAAUUUCCCCUGAGGAUGAAAAGAACAUUCCACAUUCACAUUAAUUUCUGCCACACAGGAAAAGUACAAAAAGUGUUUUUUUUAAUUUAGAGUGCAGAUUUUUUUUUCUUUUAAAGAAGUCAUGGCAAUAUUCUUUCAGGAUCACGGUCACAUUGGCGCAUGACUGUGCAGAUGUGCUAGUUUUUUUUAGCGAACAUGCAGGUGUUUCAAACCGAGUCCUGAGGUUGAGAAGAGAAAAAUGUGUCCCUGAUGUCUCAGUGUUUGGGAUAGAGCUAACAGAUACGUAUUUCUGAAGCCUUGUUUUAGAAUGAGAUAAGACGCAUGUGUCCGUGAUCCCUGUGUGUUAGGAAGAAGUGAGACGUGUGUGCCCUUGGUGCCUUUGUUUAAGGAGAUGACAUGUUUGUGUCCCUGAUGUCUCUGUAUUAGGACAAGGUUACAGGCAUGUGUCCCUGAUGUCUGUGUAGAAAGAGCAGGUGAGAGGUAUGUGCUUCUGAUGUCUUUAUAUUAGAAAACGGUGAAAGUUAUGUCUUCAAUCAAGAGCACUGGGAGGAACUAAAAGGUACUCAUCCCAAUGUCUGUGUAUAAGGGGAAAGCGAGACACAAGUUUCCAUUAAUCUUGAUAAUAGUAAGAGAGGUGGAUAUAGGUUUUCUGUAGCCAAACUUGUUCUUGUGCAAUGUUUAUUCAGUGCCUCCAAUAUUUUAUGUAGUAGUUUUGAUACCAAGUAAAAAAAAAUAUUUAAAUCAAAGAAUAUUUGUUAUCAAAUAACUGAAUUCUGUAAACAAAAUAUUAUAAAUUGUAUGUGAUAUUUUUGUUAUAUCAUUUUUGAAAUUCUAUUAAACUUUUAAAACUU